GCAUUUAAAAAUGUAAUUCUGUUAAUCGAGUCAUAGGUUAGUGCGAAUCCAAUAUAAAAACCUGCAGUCAAAUGGCGCAAUGUCCUUCAGGCAGGCGGAUUAGAUCACCGUAUGUAGGAUCUCAAACACAGAUGGUUUCGAAGUUCACAAACAAGAGUAUGCUCAAACUAGCCUGCUGGCUAGCUAGCUAGCAAAAGUAGGCCAGGCUAGCCUGCAACUUGAUUAAUGUGUAACGUUAACGGUUAAAAACGAAUCUUUGCGCAGAUUCUGUUUUGACUCAUGGCACAAUCUCCGCGUCCAUAGCAUCAAACAUGGACGAAGAAUUUGAGCUAAGCAAGAAACACGAGGAAAUUUUAGGGAAAAGAGCAGAGUUACUGGAACAAAUGGAGGUUCGACAUCAACAUCAGAGAGCUAAGAAGAAAGAACAGACGACGCUGUCCAAGGCUGCCCAGGAAAGAAAUGCUCAACUGUUGGGGGACCUGAAAACGUUGGAAGAUAAGAUGAGAAUGAAGCAACCAUUACAUCCAGAUGUACUCACCCUUGAGACUCGUUACUGGGCGUCUGUGGAAGAGAAACUUCUGGAGUGGGAACCCUUUCUUCUGGGCAGAGGUCCAGCUCCCCGUCACAGCAGGGCCCGUUCGCCCAGGAGACGGAGGCAGGAGAAAAGUGUUCCUCGUGACGCACAGGACAGAGGGCUUCCCCCGCGUCCUAGGAAGCACCCAGCUGUAUGACUAAUAAUUCAGAUGCCUUUUUUUUUUUUCCUGGCAUACCAAUAAUGACAUACGGGCGGACUAGUCAUCCCCAAAUCCACCCUUCACAAACAGGAAGUCGGUUAUGAAUGCUCCCACAUUUACUGAGGGCCUCAGGCAUGUUUUUUGUUGUUGUUUUUGUUGUUGUUGCAUUGGACAGGGUUCAUGGAUUGCAUCUUCCUUACUGUAAAUCCCACACUUGGUAGAUUCUGAGCAGAAAGAGCUUAUUCUAAUCAAGAAAACAAAACUGUGAUUUUAAACUGUCGGAUGAUGCUGUGUGAUGGAGAUGGCAAAGAAUAUUUUUUUCAAUCACUACCAAGAUUUUUUUAAUUAGAGACCAUUACUUUAUGACAUGACAAAUGGCUUAGGGGAAGCUUCUGGGACACCGUUUCAAAAUCACCACAAGGGGGAGCCAAGAUCCCAUUUAUUAAAAAAAAAAAAUCACAGAGACCUGCAACACACUUCACGCGGCUCAAGAAAUUAUUCAGCAGCCAAAUUCUGUUUGUGUGAUUGCUUAAGGGUGUAUGUAUGUGUAUGUAUGUGCAUGUGUUUGUAAGAAUCCAGAGGCUGGAGUCUGUAUGAAGGGUAGGAGUUGAGGUGUCUCUGUCUCUGUUCUAGUCAACGUUGAAUGAGGUCAUUAAGUUCACAUCUUUGCUUAUAUCCUCAGGGGUUGUUUCAGUUUGGGGCGUUUUUAUUCACAUCAAGCUGUUAAAUCACAUCAGGCCAAACUGUUAUAACACAUUCCUAUUUAUUGUCUGUGUUCAUACUCUGCACUCGAUAUUGUUCAAAUUGGUAAGGCGCUGCAUUUGUAUUUAUUUCUCAUUGACAUGCCUAGAGAAAAACACAACUUGUUUACUGUAUAAAUAAAUUCAAUAUUAUUAUA